UGGGUCGUCGGUAUAGCGGGUGGCGGCUGAGUGAUGGAAGGAGUGAUGGUCUUGUUUGAUGGCGAGGGCGGUCUGCCUACGGAUGGAAGUACAUGUGUGCCUGGCGAUACUGCUUUGUUUUCUCGUGGGUUUCGGAACAUGUGUGUAUGGCGUAUUCAAUUGCAGACUUGACAAAAGUCGACAAUGACGCUGUACCGAGGCGGGCGUCCGGUCGUGUAAAAGCGCGUAGAUUGCUUUCGCGACAGUGCCAAGACAUGCGAGUCUAUCAAAGGAAACCCCCACCAGGCGGCAGCAACAGCACAAUGUGACAACAACACCAAGACGACAACACAUCAAGGAGCAAAUGUUCAUACGAUAUGGUUCGUCGCAUUCUGAUCUAUGUGGAAAGAACGACA